AGGACACACAGGCGUAAAUUACAGUAUGGCUGUGUAUCUGACACGAACUGUACCAUACCAGCACCCCCAAGUGACCCACUUCUCAGGGUCUAGACCGCGCUAGCCCGAAACAGCAGCCUCCUGUAGCCUUUUCACUCUUCCUGCUCUUCCUCAACUCAUCUUCACUUCUCUCUCUUCUCUCUCUUCUUCCCUUCUUCCUUCCUCUUCACUUUUACCUGCAUUCACUCACCUUCACACCGGUCCUCCUCCUUUUCCUCUAUCCAGAUGCUGGCUUGAUCAUGCAUCCUGCCUUCGCCCCCCCUUCCCUCCGCAGAGGUGUCUCUCCAUCCGCAUCUCGUCUGCACCUGCUCUUGCCUCCCACCCCUCCGGAUGACGACUCGCACUUUGUCUGGAAUCCCUCGAAUCAAGCUCUUCUCUGCCAGAAAAGAAUGAACUCCUGUGCUUCCGACCGCUCCUCCACCGGCACCUCCUCCGUCAGCGGAAGUCCUGUUGGUCCGGCGGACAACCGCUGGAGUGUCCGUCCUCCUGUCGAGCCAUGGCUGGAGAAGUGUAUUGAGGCCGCCGGUGAGUUCCACUGCUGCCUUCUUUUGUGGUAUAUCUCUCUGACCCGCCCUAGUUUCGUCGCUUCCCACGGCUCCGGCUCGUCUCGACGCCGUCAAGAUGGUCACUCAGAUGCUCCCGUAUCCCCGGGAUUCUGAUUCAACCACCAAGCUGCCCUUUGGGAACAGCAUUUUCUGUCUGCUAGUCCAGGCCAUGCAGGAUCAUACGGUCGGAAAGCUGUCCUAUAUCAACAUCACGCACGCCGUGCCUGACCACUUUACCCUUUCCAAUCUCCCGGCCUCGCCAUCAAACAGCCCACGACCCCAACUCGCCGGCGGUGAUGGCUAUUUCGCCUCUCCUCAGGUCUUCUCCAAUGCGGCCGUCGUCUCCUCCUACCACGAUUUCCGUGGUCCCAUCAGCAAUGCUCGUACCCCGCACGCCCCAUCGCCCAUCGUCCCGCCUCAGAGUGUCCAGACAGCCGUCUUGGAGCGCUACAUCCCUCCCUCAUCCCUCGAUGAACAUCGCGACUUUUUCACUGCCGGCCGUCCCUCGCACCUGAUCGACCGCCUGUUCGAGCUGUCCCCCGAUGGCGGCUCUCUGCUCCUGGUCUACCCGACUAGAAAUGGUGUCAGCACCUUCCAGGAUCAGUACUUAGCCCCCGUCAUCGAUCCCCUGAUCCGCCAGCUCGUCGUUGUCAACGGUAUGUCUGCUGAUCUCGGCCAGCUGCUGGGUAGCUACUCCUUUGCCAUGGGCAUGGACGAUAUGUAUGGUUUGCAGGUCAACCUACAGGAGUUGUGCCACGCCCUGAGCACCCCGGAGUCGCGGUUCACUCUCGCCGCUGCCGAGUCGGGCAACAUUUCCCUCGACCGCAACCUGUGGGGUGAAUGGUACAUUCACCAGGAGAAGAAGCGCUUCAAGGACGUGCUCAGCCUCAAUCCCAAUGACGGUCGACGCUCCCCGGCUGGCAACACCCGUCGUAUGUUCGGCACGGAGCCAGGCAUGACUUCGUCCAUGAUCCUGACCUCGAUCCUCGAGGGUCUGCGGAAGCGGCCUUAUUCGACCAACUACCGCCCUCCAGGCCCGAUCGAAGUGGGUGUCUUCGUGAUCCGGCGUUCGAAAUAAUAUGCACAAAUGCAACUUGCAUAGUCCCAUAGUCGCAUCACAUUUGACAUGAGCAUCGGGAUGGCAACCAUCGAGUUGCUUGGCAUAUUCCUCAAACCUAUCCUUCUCCCUCUGUUAUUAUUUCUUUUGUUUUUGUCUUGUUUUGUUUUCUUUUUUGUGAUAAACCUCUGUUUCUGGGUCUCUCGGGACAAAAACUCAUAUCGGAAAUGAACGGAAAAUCGGCGGUCCGGGGGGGCGGGCGUCGAUGGCGUUGGCCUUGCGGUUCUCUUGUUUCGCUUUAGCAGGCGUUUUGGCAGGUUGAUUCGGCACUCUCGGGGGUAUACUUGGUUUUUGCUUGUUUGGAUAGGGAUACCCUGGAUAUCCUCUGUAGUGUAAUAUUUUUAUGGUGAAUGAUGGUCAUGUCUCCAUAGUGUACGAAAACAAUCAAAUAUGGCUCUGGAAGCGAUUGAUACUCGGACAAUGAUAUUCAGCUG